AUGCAGACUUUCCAAGUAGGUCUGAUUCUCAUCUCAUACGCUGGCACACCUUCAGUUUACUCUGGUAUUGAGAUCAAGAUCAGAUCCUCAGACCUGCCCUCUGAAAUCAUAUCAGAAAUCUGGCUGAGGCGGCGUUGGCCCGGCUCUUCCGAGGCCAUGUCCCCCCGGUCCCCCUUCUCCGGGGAGUUGAGGCGGGCGCCCGCCUCGGCCUGCAGCCGGUCCCGUUUGCGGGCCGGCGGCACGGUGCUGCUGCCCUCCAUGUUGAUGUUCGGCGUGAUCCUGGCCUCCAGCGGGCUGCUGCUGAUGAUCGAGAAGGGCAUCCUGGCCGAGGUGAAGCCACCCCCGCUGCACCCUCCGGCAGGGGAGCUCGCCCGGAGGGUGGGCGGCAGGGAGGUCCCUGGCGACCUUGACCGUGAGGUGCUGCGGGACAUCCGCAACCGCACCAUCCGCUCGGUCUGCGGGCAGCGGGCCAUGCCCCACAGUGUCUGGGAGCUGCCGGCCAGCCAGCGGCGGACGGUGCUCCGUCACCUCCUGGUCAGCGACAAGUACCGCUUUCUGUACUGCUACGUCCCCAAGGUGGCCUGCUCCAACUGGAAGCGCAUCCUGAAGGUGCUGGAUGGAGCGCUGGAGAGCGUCGACGUCAAGCUCAAGAUGGACCACAAGAGCGACCUGGUGUUCCUGGGGGACAUGAAGCCGGACGAGAUCAACUACCGCCUGAAGAACUAUUACAAGUUCAUCUUUGUGCGAAACCCUGCGGAGAGGCUGCUGUCGGCCUACAGGAAUAAGUUUGGGGAGAUCAAGGAGUACCAGCUGAAGUACGGGGUGGAGAUUGUCAGGAGGUACCGGAAAAACGGGGGCAAGUCGGCAGGCGACGACGUGACCUUCUCCGAGUUUCUCCGCUACCUGCUGGAUGAGGAUGUGGAAAAGAUGAACGAGCACUGGAUGCCCAUCUACAACCUGUGCCAGCCCUGCGCCGUCAGGUACGACUUCAUCGGCUCCUAUGAGCGGCUGAACGAGGACGCAAACCAUGUCCUUGAGAAAGUUCAGGCACCUUCCUUUAUCCGCUUCCCAGAAAGGCAGUCGUGGUACAAGCCCGUGACAGCAGAAACACUCCAUUACUACCUAUGCAACACCCAACAAAAGCUGAUAAAAGAGCUGCUACCAAAAUAUAUCCUGGAUUUCUCCCUCUUUGCCUAUCCCCUUCCAAACAUAACCAGCGAAUUCUGUAGGCAAUGAGUUUUUUGUUUCAGGAUCUGGCAGAAAUUCUGCCUACGCUGGCAAGGAUUUGCUAAGACGGCCAUUGCUACAAAUAAUGUGUUGCUGCAGGGCCUGUGAAACACUCUUCUAUGCAUAAUUUCCUAAGUUUAUACUUUUAAAACACUCUUUAUAUAAUUUUAUAUAUUGCCUUUUCUACUAAGAAUACUUUUUGUAUUGUUCCAAUUUUAAUGUGUACAUAUGCCGCUGACUCGAGCACAAUAGCUUUUGUAAAUCUAUUUUGCUUCAAAUUCUUUUUAUGGCACGGCAUGGAAAUCUUUUGUAAGGAAGUCAAGAAAAUUGAUAUAUUUUAAAUAUUCUUCCUCCUUUUUUUGUGUUUACUACUACAUAGUGUGCAGCUGACUCACAAUCAUAAUUUAAAAUAGUGGUUGAUGCGCUGAAAGUUAGCGCUGUUAAAACUGAUCCCAGGUUAGACUAGAGGUAGUUCUUCAAGUAUGAAUAGAAAAAAAGUCCUUUAAAAUAUGGCUUUAUUUCUCCUUUAUUUUCUCAUCUAUAGAUGGUGGUUAAGCGAGGCUGUUUUGUUGUGUUUUUUUUUUCCCUGUGACAGCAGUAGUAUCCGCGUUUUUUCUUUUAAUUACUAAUCAUUGAAACAAAACUAGUGAUAACAAAAAGAGUGUGACUUAUGAUAUGAAAAUGCAAGUUAUUUACCCAACAUAACAUUAUCAGAUGCAGCAUCAAGCCCUAACAAUUUGCUCUUCUCUUUCUCUUUAAGCUAAAGAUCUGAUAAGAUCAAAAGCCAUCAUGGCUCUUAUGACAGAAAAAAAAAUAAAUCCAAAAUGUGCCUGCUCACAGCCUCAGGGGGUACCUGUGUGCCCACAUGCAUUGCAAACCACCAUGGACAAACACUUUCUCCAGCCACAUUUCGAACAAUUGGGGGAUUAGUUCUUCUUUUCUGAUGUGCACACCAUUUUUGUAGCUUUUUGUAUUUAAUUAUGACUGUUAAAUUGCAAAGGUUUGGGACCUAAUGUACAGUGCUGUUUUGGGGGCUGUGUCCUCCUUUUUAAUAAAAUUUUUAUAUGAACGA